GCACGACGACCGAAGGAGAGCUGCUACUUUGACUAGCCACAGCCGGUCACAAUGUCGUUCUUCAGGCGAGCAGGUGACUCGUCGGGCUCAGAGUCCGAAGAAUCCGAAGAAGAGCUCUUGUCGUCCUCUGAGGGCGAAGGAGAGGCGCCCGCCAAAAAGUCGACGAUCAACCGUUCCGCUUUCCUCGCAGGCGGUGAUGAUGACUCUGACUCUGACGACGAUGACGAUGAGGAUGACAUGGAUGCCUCUGGCUCGGAUGAGAGCGACGAGGAUGGCAACAAGAAGUCCAAGUCGUCCAUGCGCAGCCGUUUCUUAGCAGGCGCAGACUCGGACUCUGACUCUGAUUCUGAUGACUCGACGUCAGGCAAGAGAGUCGUCAAGAGUGCGGCAAGCAAGCGCGCAGAUGAGAUCGAGGCUAUCGCGAAGAAGAUGGACAACGGCGUCAAGAUUGAUGACUGGAAUACCAUCAACGCAGAAUUUGACAAGCUUCUCAGACUCGUCAUGCGCGUGCCGGGCACUAUACCAGGCUCCAUCCAGCCUCUGGCCCCUACUUUCCUCAAAACCCUCGUCAGUCUCGACGAAGCCGUGCCCAAGGCAGGUUCAGCAGGCAAGAAGAAGAUGAACGCCAUCAAUGCUCGCUCGCUCAACACCAUGAAGCAAAAAGUCAAGCGAUGCGUCAAAGAGAACGAAGCCGUGCUCGAGAAAUACAAAACCGAUCCGAAAGCGUACGAGAUCGAAUUCGAGGGCGACGAGCCGGAGCAGAAGACGAAGAAGAAGCGCGCAAAGAAGACCUCUGUGCUCGAGGAGGGCGAAGGCGCCGACUUUACGACCGUCGGUAAAGGCGGCAAGGCGACAAUCUACACGACCGAUAACAUCUUCAAGUCACUCCAGGAGCUACUCGAAGCACGUGGCAAGAAGGGUACAGACCGAACGGAGCAGCUCGCAUCCUUUGAGCGACUCUUUGCGGUCUGCGACACGCCUUACUCCCAGAUUCGAGUCUUGCUAGCGCUCAUUAGCUCCUCUUUCGAUUACAACCCUGUCAUCCAUGCUGCUUUGCCCAUCGACUCCUGGAAGAGCGCCCUCCAGCGAAUUAACGAUCUGCUUGUCUUGCUGUCUAACAACCCGCGGUACAUCAUACAGGAGCAGACAGAGGACUAUGACGAUUCUGUUGAUCGUACACCACCCGCUGACGAUAACAGCACCAUUGUCAGAGUACGAGGCUCUGUCGUCAGCUUGAUUGACAGACUAGACGACGAAUUCACCAAAUCCCUCAAGGAUAUCGAUCCUCAUGCAUCUGAAUAUGUCGACCGACUGAAGCACGAACGCUCGCUCUAUGAUUCGCUCUUCCGCGUGCAGAGCUACCUUGAGCGCGUUCAGCAGAACGAGAAUCUGCAACGGAUCAUCAUGCGCCGAAUCGAGCAUGUUUAUGCAAAGCCAGAUGCAGUCACCGAGAUCAUCGAAGCGCAGCUGUCCGAUCUACCUUCGGGUCUCACGCCAAAGGCCACUCGUACUGCUUCUCAGCUCAUGCAAAUACUUUGUACGUACUUGUACAGACAAGAAGUCGACCCUCGUUUGCGCGGAAGGGCCAUGCUAUGCCACAUCUAUCACUAUGCGCUCCAUGACGAAUACUACCGAGCGAGAGACAUGUUCCUGAUGUCUCAUGUGCAGCAUGGUGUCCACGGCACCGAUAUCGACACCCAGAUCUUGUACAACCGUACUGUUGCCCAGCUCGGCCUUAGCGCGUUCAGGAUUGGCCUGGUAGCAGAAUGCGAAAACACUCUGCGCGAAUUGAUGGCCAACAGAGACAGCCUGAAACGAUCGCUUGCGCAGGGUCUAGCUCUUCAGCGUCGCGGCCCAGGUGCAGUCGAUCAGAUCUCGCCAGAACAGCAAAGAUUCGAAGAGGCUCAUCAUCUGCCGUUCCAUCAGCACAUCAACCUCGAUCUACUCGAAGCCGCUUAUCUGACUGCCUCGAUGCUGUUCGAGAUCCCCCAGCUUGCUCAUGAAGCUUACGAUCCCGAACGCUACACUGGCAUGAACAAGGGCAUGCGGUCGAGAUUGUUCAGGCGCAACUUUGACAGCUUCGAGAAGCAAGUCUUUGUUGGUCCGCCGGAGAACACUCGCGACUACGUCAUGCAGGCUUCGAAGGCUCUUCAGCAGGGUGACUGGCAAAAGUGCAUCGACUUGAUCCAUUCGAUGAAGAUCUGGAACCUCAUGAACAACUACAAGACAAUCAAGAACAACCUUGCCAUAUCGAUCAAGCGCAAAGCUCUGCAAACGUACCUCUAUACCCAUGCCGCUUUUUACGCCAACGUCUCGAUUACAACCCUUUCGGCUGGAUUCGCUAUGCCAGAGCAGCAAGUCUUUGCACUUGUCUCAAAGCUCAUCUGGAACGAAAAGCUGGCGGCUUCGAUCGACCGUUCUAGCAAAAUUCUAUCGCUUCAGCGUGCAGAUCGUACGCAACUUCAGCAACUUGCUAUCACACUGGCAGACAAGGCAUCGCUCAUGCUUCAGGACAAUGAGCGUGUAGCAUCUGCCAAGCUCGGCGACGGCGAGCAGAAGAGCUUCGCGGGCGGGUCUGGCGCUCGUGAUGGUGCAGACGGACAACGACGGGGAGACCGUCCACGUGGUCGAGGUGGUAUGCGCGGUGGAAGAGGCGGUCUGAGAGGCGCGUUCAACGCGCCUUUGGGUCGCACGGUAGCAGCAGGAAGAUGAAGCAACAUGUACACCUGAUGCAUUUGCUUGUACUCUACCAAUCACCCUGGAAUCUUGCAAGUGUUUCAUGCGCAGUCUCUGCCUCUCGACGUGCUGUCCUGCGUCGAUAAUAUAUCGGACAAUCCGCCGAUGUGCAAAUAACGUCCUGAUGCAGCGAGCCUUGACAUCUUUGGCAUUGCGUCCAGAGCCGAGCAUACGCCGUUUCGAAUUGAGACGCCAAUGCCAGUGUUUUGUAGUAGAGCUCUGCCGUCCGGGGCGCACAAUUCUUGCACACGGCUACAU